UUUGCGUAACCCUCUCUGCUGUACUCACGAGAGCCAACUCGUCACCUCACCCGUGCCGGUCGGACCUGUAUGGCCCCAUCGAUCGCCAUGUCAGCUUUGACCGCUGGUUUGAAAACUGAAGACCUUCCUCCCCGCUCGGUUCUCGUCAGCAGAGGCGAGAUGCAGACCAGUCUGAGCCCCGCAGAGGAGCCCGUGAAGCCCAAAGUUGCUAUUUUGCCGUUCAGCGUCGAGGCACUGAUGGCUGACAGGAAACCCAGCAGAGAGGCGGUAUCCCCGGGUGCCCCGUCCGUUCCCGGGACGUCCCAUGCGCUGGUAAAAGGCGUAAGGAUGGUUUCUUUCGGUAGUCUGGAUACCUCAGUUCCUGUUUUAUCCAUGAGCUCCCCGUUUUCAGUGGGCGACAUCAUGAACAUGCCAGACGACGUGUUGAUUAAACCCGAGAGCCCGGACAGUAACGAGAGGACUUCAUGGCUACAGAGUCCUCGUUUUUCUCCAACACCUCCACGAAGGUUGAGUCCUCCUGCCUGUCCUCUGCGAAAACACAAGACGAACAGAAAGCCCCGGACCCCUUUCACGACGUCCCAGCUGCUGGCCCUGGAGAGGAAGUUCCGCCAGAAGCAGUACCUUUCUAUCGCCGAGCGCGCAGAGUUCUCCAGUUCCCUCAACUUGACGGAGACCCAGGUCAAAAUCUGGUUUCAGAACAGAAGAGCCAAAGCCAAGCGGCUGCAGGAGGCAGAACUUGAAAAACUGAAAAUGGCAGCUAAGCCUAUGCUGCCUCCAGCUUUCGGGAUUUCCUUUCCUCUCGGUGCGCACGUCCCCGCGUCAUAUGGGUCGCACCCGUUCCAGAGGCACUCGCUGCCGGUUUCCCCCAUGGGACUGUACGCCGCUCACGUCGGAUACAGCAUGUACCACCUUGCUUGACAGGGACAGAAGAACGAGGGGCACGCGCAGUGGGACACAAGGGGGUUUAGACUACUUUCUGAGGGCCCCGAGCGAGGGGGGCCCUUCGGACAGGUGAGGCGACACUAAAUACUAAAUGAAGAGGCAUGCUGGCACUGAGCUCACUGUCACACCUUGACAGGUGGGCCAGAGCCUCCAAACAGACCCCCUUCUGAGGACCUUGAAGUUUAUCCACUCCUCUUGACCUCGCCAGUAAGUUCACACACUGCGAAAUAAUCCAACUUUAUUAGUCAUUUAGUCUUGAGUCUUAAAUGUCGACUAAAUUAUAAAGCCAAUCAAGAACGUAUUGAGAGAAAUGCUAUUUCAUAGAAUAAUCUGAUCGUGAGACUUAAUGACUUUGAAGUGGACAUUUUUGCGGUGCUGUGGUGGAAAACAAUUUAGUACCCGAAUAGACAGUCAAUGGGACCAGGCGGAGUGCCUCAGUGUGUCAAAGAUAGUUUCCCCUUAACCUUCAACAGUCAGGUAAAAAGGUUAAGAAACCAGCUUCUGCGUGAGGCAGAAACUAUUUCGCAGCUUCACAUUUUGCACCAACACACUUAUGUUGGGCUGUCAUCGCAUCAGUGCACUGCAAAAAAUGUUUUGCAUUAUGGGUAACUAGUGGGUUACUGAAUCCAGUGUCAAUGAAUGCUCUUUGUGAAUUUGGAGAACCACCGCAUUUGUUUUUAUAACAGCACUGUCUGUUGUUGGAAUGAUUCCCUUCGAAAGGGAUAUGUGUACUGUAAAAUAAUGUAUAUUUGAAGAAUAUCCUCAUUUUUAUUAUGAAUAUAUUUGUGACAUAACUUAACAAUAAAUU